AUGACUACACUUGAGGGCAUUUUGCAGAGGUGUGGUGGGGUUGUAUCUGAUGCAGUUGACAUGGUAUUUGCUGUGUUCCCACCCAUGAAUGUAUGCAGUAAUAUUUCUUCAACAGCUACAUGUGAGCCAGGUAACUAUAACUUGUGGUACUGUAAUAACCUGUAAAAAUCAAUUUAGAUACCAUACUAUUCUUGGGAAUAUGAAGUUACCUUUUAAAUAGCAGUGAACGGUUUUGUUGUCCAGUGUGACCCUUGUUUUACAAGAACUUGCAACAAUUGGCUGUGGUUUUUCUUAGAACUGAAUGGCAAGAAAUUCGUUUCCUUCAAGUGUAACUGAUGGUUUGCAGUUUCUUUAUGAAAUCCUUGUCAGUUAAAUGAAAUGUAUUUUUCUGUUUCAUUCCAAGGCUUUACAACUCAAACGGGUGAACAAGAUUUGAAAAGGGGAAUUACAACCUCGAGUUAAAUAAAUUAUUGUUGUUGAUAGUUGUUGUGUCUUACACACCUUUCUCUCAGUUUUCACAUUCUUUUCCAAAUAGAUGCAUGGACAUUUUCGCCCGGUUAUAUAACUUUACCAACGAAAGUUCUUAUAAAAUAUUUGGUCUGCCAAAAUGCCAUUUAAAUAUUAAAAUCAAUGAUUUUUAUAAUACAUUAGGAAAAAUAGCACAUACAUAUUGGGAUGUAAAUGUAAAUGUACAAACUAAAACAUAAAAGAUUCUCUGAUGGCUUGUUUUACUGGAUUUAUAAAUAUGUUUGAAUAUUAUAGUGAAAGUUUUUUUUUACUUCACUCUUGCAGAUGCAAAGGAAGAAAGCAUCACCACUAAUUACUUUGAGGGAGGAGGUAGAAUUGAUGACAGUAAGGUGAUGAAGAGUGUAAGUGCAUGCGACUUGCUGAGGCAGCUUAAGGAGAAGGUUCUUAAAGAUGGUAUUCAGCGGAUCACUGUUGCAAGAAACACUUUGUGGGAGGACACUGUUGCACUGUUUAAAAGCACAAGGUUUGAUCCCACUAAGUCUCCUAGGGUAAAGUUUGAGGAUGAAGAAGGAAUUGAUGCUGGUGGUCUACGGAGGGAGUACUUUACUCUUUUGAUGAAGGCAGUAACCAAUCAUCCAGCUUUACUAGAAGGCCAAGAAAACAAGAGAGCCAUUACAUACAACACAAGCGCCCUUCAAAGCAAUCUUUAUUUCAUUGCUGGUCGCAUGAUUGGUCGUGCGAUUAUGCAUUGUGACAUAGGUGUGCCUGUUUUCUCCAAGAGUAUGUAUUACUUCAUAUCACAUGAAACUGUAGACAUGACAGAAAUGCCUCACUGUGCAGAGGACAACCCAGAUUGCUCUGUUGUGGAACUGAUACGCAAGGUAAGGCCGCCCACCCCGAUGACAAUGUAGGUAUAUUUGUAGAUUUCGUGCACGAUAGAAUUUUUUAAGACAUCCAAGACAAGAUUGAUUCACCUAAAUUGUUCUAACCACAAACUCUUGAUACAUGUGCGGCUGGUUCUUUUAAUAUGUAAAGUUUUUUGAAGGGACAUCACAUGAUAUUGCAAGUUACAUGAUCAACUGAUAUAUAUGUUUCAACUUUUUUUUUUCUUUAAAGGUUGAAAACGCGGGAUGUCCACAGGACUUAGAAAACCUUCAGGAUGAUUUGUCCGAGCUAUUGCAAGCUGCAGGGUGGGAUAAGGUGCUUAGCUAUGAGAACCGCGUGGCUGCUAUGCAGCUACUAGCUGCCCAUGAAGCCUUCUACAAAAGAAAGCUUUCGAUUGACCAGUUCUGCAAUGGGUUGGAUGUUCUUGGCGUGUUAAAUCUUAUCAGAAGCCAUCCUGAAUCGAUGCAGCCAUAUUUUGUACACAACACAGACACCCUGUUGACACCAGCACUUCUCUUUAACCAGUUCCACAACAUUGACAAGGUGGAGGAUGGAACAAGAGAAGUAAUGAGACAACACUUGAAGAGGUCCAUAUCUGAGUGCUUUGAUGAUAAGAGUUGUUACAGUAGUUAGUUUUACGUUUUAAAUAGACUGUCUGCUGUCCCCUAUUUUCCAGCGUGGGUAGAGUCCAAAGUUUUUGUGGGGAGAGAGAGAGAGACAUUGUAUUAAGUCUUUUGGAAUCCCUGAAAGAUGUUAUCAAGGCCCUUCAGAAAAAAACAUGAAAACUAAUAGUGAAGUAAAAUGUUUAACCCCCAUCAAGCAUUCAGUGUUGAUUUCAAUGUAUUUAACACACAAUAGAACUUCAUGCAUAAGUGGUUGUCCAAUUUGAAGGUAAUUAAAAUAAGAUUCCUCUGACUGCAAGUUCCAUGAGUACUAUGACCUUGCACAAUAAUUAUGGCAUUCCUGGGAAUAUUAUUCAUCCAGUUAGUUCCAAGCUGGAGAGCACUUAGUCCUACUACACAUACUAAUGACUGUUUUUCUUUUCCAAUCCAGAGUUUUGGUCUUCAAAACUAGUUGAAUUUCUCAUGUUUGCAACAGGACUUGGCGCUCUACCUCCUUUGGGGCUGGAUGAGAAGAUCACUAUUUACUACAGAGAAGAUACCUGUCCUCAUUUCUUUGCAGAAACAUGUACAAUGGAACUAAAAGUUCCUACUGUUCAUGAUCAAUAUAGCAAAUUUUAUAAUAGUUUCCUGGAAGCUUGCAUGCACAGUGUAGCUGGGUUUGGUUGUAUGUAA